UAUUGCCAGAAGCAGAACUUCUUCUGGAUACGCAAAUGCAUUUCUGUGUAAUAUAAUGUAACUUAUGCCUUUAACCUAAUUUAUUACUGUUCGUGGGUUGGGUGCAGAACUUAAGACUUGAAGCACAAAAGUCUGGUUAUUGAGGGAUAAAUGAAGGCAAAUUAAGUAUCACAUAGAAUGUGUCUCGAGCCUGUCCUGGAGGCUAAGGGCAAAAGGCAUGAAAUUACCCAGGAUGGGACUCUAUCCCAUCACAGGGCACAUUCACACACAUACACACACACACAAACCUAAGGGCAAUCUGGUAACUCCAAUUAACCUCAGCAUGUUUUUGGACGGGGGCAACAUGGUGGUGCAGUGGUUAGCACUGUUGCCUCACACCCCUGGAACACCUGGAGGAAAUGUCACAAUGACACAUUAAUAUAAUAUAAUAUAAUAUAAUAUAAUAUAAUAUAAUAUAAUAUAAUAUAUACUUAAGAGCUUCCACACACCUGAUGCUUUCACCUCCUUAUUUGUUCCCCAUCUGCUGUGUGCCGCCUUCCUUCUGCCAUAUUGCUGAGUAUCAGGGAAAGAAAAUUUUGAAUUAGUGAUCCUUAAUGAUUGAGUAAUCAAGUUUAAUCAAAUAAAGGUGACUGCUCUAAACUGUGUUGUUUUUUCCUUAGAAUAAAAGAAGCGUUCGGCCAUCUUCAGAGACUCCAAGAUGUUGGUCCAGACCAGCCUGAGUUGAUCAAGGAGCGGCUGGAACUCCUGAAACACUCCGACUGGUGCCAGUGGGUGAAGCAGGAUUCCAGCUGGUGGUCGUGCUCCAGGCCCCACUGUCACACCAUGAGGAAGGUCCUGGAGCACAUAACUGAAUGCCAGGCCGACGCGUCCUGCCAGGUGCAGCACUGCGCUUCUUCCCGCCGGAUCAUCUCAGAAAACCAGGAUUACGAAUGGCAUUACAAGGGAUCACCGGCCAAUGAGGAGACUGUUGCAUCGUCCCCCCCUGACCCCAACGGCCCAAACACAGAGGAGGGAUCACAUGAUGAUCAGAAGAUGGAGCUAUUAUCACAUGCUGAUCACAAUGUGCCAAACACAGAGGUUACAGAGGAGAGCAGCACUGGAAUCUGAAGGAUCCUAACCACACUUUGCUGUCGUCAGAUUGCCUACAGACUUAAGUUUCCAAGUCCUGUUGUAUAACCAAGCUGGUCAGAUGAACAGUCACCAAAUUAUCAAUGAUCUGCUACAGUUCAUUUUAUUUGACUUGAAAGACGUUUCUGGGUAGCAGAUGGACAUUUGCUUGUACAGACUGGCAUGGAAAAUGGCUUUCUCAAUCAGCCUUAAUCUGCUAAUCGGGGAACAUUGUAUGUGUAUAUAUGUUCCGUCUCUUCACCAUGGUUUAUCAGUUUGUGCGGGCGAGUUCACAUCAAUUAGUGCCUCGUUCUCUUGUGGGGUGCCUCAGGGUUCUGUCCUUGGGCCUACUCUUCUCUUCAUUGUACAUGCUAACGUUAGUUGGCGCUAUUAACUCCGUUAAGGAUAUUUGUUAUUUUUACAUUUACAUUUACAUUUACAGGAUUUGGCAGACGCCCUUAGCCAGAGCGACUUACAUAAGUGCUUUGAGACUCUGCAAUGAAUUUCCGAUGCUAGCUCAAUAAGGACCCAAGCUAUGAAUACUAUCUCUGAGAACUCCAUUGAGUAGUGCAGAAUUUUUUUUUUUUUUUUUUUUUUAAAACACACACCAGAAUAAGAGUCGAGAAAGAAUAUAGAAGUUCUACGUCAAGUAUUUCUGAAAAAGAAAAGUUUUGAGUCGUCGCUUGAAGACAGUCAAGGAUUCAGCUGUUCGGACAUCUAGGGGGAGUUCAUUCCACCAAUUAGGUGCCAGGACAGAGAAGAGCCGAGAUGCGUGUCUUCCUUGUGCCUUGAGGGGAGGAGGGACCAGUCGAGCAGUGCUGGAGGAUCGGAGAGAUCGUGGUGCAGAGCGGGGUGUGAUGAGGUCCUUUAGGUAGGAUGGUGCCAGAGAAUUUUUGGCUUUGUAUGCCAGCAUCAGUGUUUUGAAUCUGAUGCGUGCAGCUACAGGAAGCCAGUGGAGGGAGCGCAGCAAAGGAGUGGUGUGGGAGAACUUGGGAAGGUUGAAAACAAGACGAGCAGCUGCAUUCUGAAUCUGAAUUUUAUGCUGAUGACACCCAGCUUUGCUGUUCUUUUAAGCCUCAACAUUUGCACAAGUUUGCCUUCCUUGUAGACCGUCUGACAGAGAUUAACAUAUUGCUUUUAGCUAACAAUUUAAAGCUAAAUUCUCAGAAAAGUGAGCUUUUCAUUUUUAGCCUGCCUGACCUGUAUCUGGCAAUUAACUUUAAUCAUAUUCCAGCUUUUAUCAGGUCUGUCUGUGUAACAUCGGUGUUUGUCUUCGAUCAGUCCUUGAAUUCUGAUGCUCAUGUGAGGUCCCUUAGUCCCUCCUGCAUUUUACAUUUGACGAUUUUGUGUAAGUUAAGGACUGUUGUCUCUUAGGCUGAAAUGCUUAUUCCUCUUUUAUCUCAUCAUACAUUUUUGUAACUCACUUUUUACCUGUCUAAGUAAAUCUGGAUUCCUCUCCUUGUAUUAUAUUCUAUAUUUUAACUUCAAUGACAUUUUAUUUAUUUCAUUUUAUUUCACAGCGCUUUGUGACUAACAAAAAAAGUGCUUUAUAAAUAAGCUUUACUUACUAACUACUUACUAUACAAAGGAAUGUGUUCUUUACAAUAUUAAAAUGUACAUUAUAAUUAUCUGUAAUUAUUCUGAAUAAAUCCUCACUGUUUUUUGUCUG